UUCACAGGAUAUUGUCUUCGCCAAUUCUCAAAAUGAAGCAUUUUCUUUUGCUUUUUUUUAUAGAUUCAGGGUUUCUUUUCAGGCACAUUACAUGGUGAUUUGAAUAUCUAAAGAUAAAAAGAUAUUGGCAUGUCUCUCCAAAAGUGAUAUAAGUCAAAGAGAUUUACAGUUUGGACUGAAACCACUGGAAUGUUAUAGGAUACCUCUGGUAUGUUUUCUCUUUCUUUAGAAAGCAGUUAUUUUUGCUGACUUUUUUUAACAUCCCCCCAGAAAAGUUAGCAAAAAAAAAAAACGACUUUUGCAUAAAUUGUGGGUGGAGGUAUUUUGACUCUGAAAAAUCCAGCUAUCGUGUUUCUGCAAAAAAAAGCCCUUGUUGGAGUUUUUCAAACCCAUCAUCUCCUCUACCGCAGUCCUGAAUGUAUCUCCAUCUGGUCCACAGCUGAAAACUAUUAGACGGUGCUUGAACUUCCUUCUUCUCAGUAUUCCACACGGUUUCACAGCAAGUGGAGUAUUGGCAAACAGACAGAAGGGAUCACAAAGACGCAAGGGUUUCCAGUAUGAACAGGGCCUUUAACAGGAAAAAAGAUAAAUCCUGGAUGCACACUCCAGAAGCUCUGGCAAAGCAUUACAUACCCUACAAUGCCAAGUUUCUUGGAAACACAGAAGUUGAACAACCGAAAGGCACAGAGAUUGUUAAAGAUGCAGUUAGAAAGUUAAAGUUUCAAAGGCAUAUCAAGAAAUCAGAGGGACAGAAGACCCCGAAAGUCGAACUGCAAAUAUCCAUUUAUGGAGUGAAGAUCUUAGAUCCCAAGACAAAAGAUGUCCAAUAUAACUGCCAGUUGCACAGGAUAUCCUUCUGUGCAGAUGACAAGACGGAUAAAAGGAUAUUCACCUUCAUCUGUAAAGACUCAGAGUCAAACAAACACCUCUGCUACGUGUUUGACAGUGAGAAAUGUGCAGAGGAGAUAACACUCACUAUUGGCCAGGCAUUCGACUUGGCCUACAAGAAGUUCCUUGAGUCUGGUGGAAAAGAUGUGGAGACACGGAAACAGAUAGGAACCUUACAGAAAAGAAUUCAAGAACUGGAAACUGAAAAUUCUGAGCUGAAGAAGCAGCUUUCGGAUCUGGAGGAGCAGUUGAUGAUUGCUCCUGUACCACCACUGCUGCACAUAAACUCUACUAACGAGGCCUACAUGCUCUCAAGGCCCUCCUCGCUCUUCUGGUGUCACAAUCUGACGUCCUUCUCGUGUCUUGAGAUCUCCUCGGUCACACUCACCCCUAUGAGCUCGCCAGAGUCCAACCUCUCGGCAGGGCUACUAACCCCUCCUCCGGCUAAAUCCGCUCUCCUUCCAAAGACUGCCGACGGAUGCAGCAUCCCCCGACCUCGCGCUGGCAGCAUCUCCUUGAAACCCCAGACAUCCACAGAUGUUUUUGACAUGGUUCCCUUCUCUGCUGUCACACCCCUGGUGCCAAUACCCGCAAGCAACGGCACACCCCCUCCGCCCCCUACAACAUCUCCUUCAGACAUGAGUAAAGACCUUUUUGGUGCAGCACCUUUCGAUCCGUUUACCUGUGGGCAAGCCGACUUCCCCCCGGAUAUCCAGUCCAAGCUGGACGAGAUACAGGAGGGGUUCAAAAUGGGACUAACCCUAGAGGGCGCUGUCUUUUCUCCUGACCCACUAGACAGUCGCUGCUGAUGCCAAGUAGACAUGUUUCUUUUACAUACUGUUAAAUCAUUUGUAUUAAAAGUGCCAGAAUUGGGUCUAAAAUUCAAGAUGUCAAUGUUCUUCUCAUCUUGAGGUUUAUAUGUAUUUGCAUUUGAAUUUGGUUUUAGAAUAAUCAAAGGUAUAUUCAAGUCUGAUAUAGAAAGCACUAUUUUUGUAAGAUCACACAUGGGAAGGAUUAGUUUUGAGACCUCUUGCUUGUACAGGCAAUGAUGGGUGUAAAUAGUAUGUGCAAUGGUACACUCUUUGGCCGAAUUUUCUUAUGUGUAGAAUCAGUUUUAUUGAAUAUACACCACUUAGAACGACGCUGUUAGCACAUUCUUAUUUGUCUGUCGGACACGACUUGCUGAUCGUCAAGACACGUAAAUGUGGUCAGUCUUGUAUUAACACUCUCAGCUUGCCCUUCAUUUGACAUAUCGUCUAUGUUCUUUUUACUCAUACGUAUCUUUAGUUAACUGUAAUUCUCAUUUAUUCUGAUAGUUUUGUCCGGACAUCGGAUUUAAUAGUUUUCUUGUCUUGUUAAACAUUUAGGUAUGUAUUGCCGUUUAUUUACUUCCUUAUGAUAUAUGUCAGUAUCCUCUUUGCACCAGAAAGCACUUUUGGAAAACCUCUUGUCCAUAUACAGUACUAUAUACUUGUUAUUUUACUUUGUAUGCAAUAUGACUUUGCUGUUACAGUAAUUAAAGAAAACAUUACGGCA